AUGGCGACAAAAACAGAACAGGCUCCAGAGAGGAGCAUGCCUCCUGAUGAUGAUCACAGCGAUGUCGAGAGUCUCAAGGCAGCGGCUCUUUUCCACAAAGCUUUGCGCAUGGGAAGAGUUGAGGAGAAGGGUAUUCAGCCAAUUCCCCUUGAAGAGCGCACCGUGACACGCUUUUACAAUAUUUUCACCGUCUGGGCUAUCACUUUUGGCAUGCUGGGCCCAUUGGUGUAUGGCCUGAGUUUGAGAGACUCUGCGCUCAUCAUCCUCUUCUUCUGUCUCUUCUCAACCAUCGGGCCUGCGUAUCUUGCUACAUUUGGUCCUAAAACUGGAAUGAGGCAGAUGAUUCAGGCGAGAUAUAGUUUUGGUCGAUAUCUCGUCUCUAUUCCUGUUCUCCUCAACCUCGCCACUCUGACCGGUUUCAUGGUCAUCAUCUUUGUCGUCGGCGGACAGUGUCUCUCCGCUGUAUCAAGCGGCCACUUGAGCCCUGACGUCGGAAUCGUCAUUAUUGGUAUUUUGUCACUGUUUAUUUCGUUCUGUGGAUUCAAGGUUUUGCAUUACUACGAGACUUAUGCUUUCAUCCCCGCCAUCAUCGCCAUCACCAUUGCGACAGGAUGUGGUGGUUCUGAGCUUUCGAAGCAGGCCCCUCCUGCGACACCAGCGACCGCAGCAGCAGUUCUCAGCUUUGGAAUGAUUGUUGCGAGUUACAUGAUUCCCUGGGCAGCCAUCGCAAGCGAUCUUACGACAUAUUUCGAUCCCAAGGUCCCCUCGUGGCGCGUCUUUGCGUACAGUUACCUCGGUCUCGUCGCACCCACCAUUCUCCUCAUGGUUCUUGGAGCUGCCAUUGCUGGGGCUCUUCCAAAUGUGCCUGAGUGGUCAGAAGCUUAUGGUGAAACAGCAGUCGGAGGCGUUCUCGCAGCCAUGCUUUCUAGCGCCGGUGGCUUUGGAAAGUUUGUGGUGGUUAUCCUCUCGCUCACUCUGUUGGGUAACACUGGCGGCACAAUGUACGCCAUUACACUCAACUUCCAGACUCUUAUUCCUGGCUUGAUCAAGAUUCCCCGCUAUGCCUUCGCCAUUGUCGUUACCGUCAUCGUCAUCCCCACUGCUAUACGAGCUCAGCGCGAUUUCUUUGUCAAUCUUGAGAACUUUGUCGCUCUUAUCGGUUACUGGUCUGCAUCUUUCAUUGGAAUUGUUUCAGUUGAGCAUCUCGUUUUCCGAAAAGGUCGCUGGGAAUCUUACGACCAUGCGAUCUGGAACGUUGCGUCUGAACUACCCCUUGGUAUUGCGGCCAUCGCUGCAGGUAUCAUUUGCUACGCGAUCGUUGUGCCUUGUAUGGCGCAGGCUUGGUGGACUGGCCCAAUUGCAAAGACGACUGGCGAUAUUGGCUUUGAGAUUGCGUUUGUUAUGAGUUCGCUAUUCUACAUACCAUUCCGAUGGUUGGAAAAGCGUAUGUCAGGAAGGUAA